UCUGCCACGCACGCACACACUAAUAAACAACUAUUUGUGUUUGUUUCCCCCUUUUUUAAACUGACCAGUGAAUAAAAGGGGCAAUGGUAAAGAAUCGGUUAAUGAAUGCCAGUCUUCAGGACGACAUGGACGCACACGGUGAAAUUUUAGAAGCUGUAGAAGUUCAAAGAGAGCACCAUGAAGACUGAAAGAGAGGGAAAACAAUAUCUCCUGCCCUCGCUGCUCCAGUCCUGCGGUUGACGGCAGAGUCGAUCCACCAGCAGUGACUGGCGGAACAGUCUCAGUUGGAGAAAGCAGCUUGUCAGUGGGAGGUAACCUAUAUGAUGGCCCCUCCUGAACUUAUCAAUUCAUCGUCCGUCCGUGCGUUUUAUUUUGGUACGAAAAUGCUGAGCGCACUGAGGCACUGUAAAGCGCACCGAUGCAUACUGCCUGAUUGCGCGUCUUGGAACGGGUUAUAUUGUGAAGCAGCCUAAUACGCACGGCAGUCUACAAGAGAGAGGGGGGAAGCCUGGACUUGGACAACCACCCAUUUGUGGAUAAUAACCCUAAAAAAAAAACAUUAAAUAAAAAAAACCUUACCCCGGUGUGUGUGUCACAUCAAUGGAGAGGCGAGGGUCGAAUAUCCGAAAUAUACAGCGGGGGCGCAGAAGUGAUGACAGCCUUUGAUGAACCAUAACUCCCGUCCAGACAAGGUGAGAUCAAAGCUCCGUUCGGAAAACAUGUAAGAAUAGCGCUUUUGGUGUAUAACGAAGGCUCUUCACACUUGGGAGCCGCUGCCUGAAUUUGUGAUGGGGUUUUAAAGGCUUCUGAAGGAUACCGCCUGGAAUUUUUUCUUCCGAUGCUGCAUCCCAGAAUAACGAAUUUCCCUCUUAAAUAUGGAGAACGGAGCAAUCUGAAGAGAGAGAUUAUCUCUAAUCGUGACAACUUUAUCACUUCUCCAACCUACAGGAUACCCUUUCAAUCACUGUACUGCGGAACUUCUUUUUAUCGGUAAAACCAGGAGGGGGAAGAGAAAUAAGCAUCUUGAAAUCCGCACUGGGUUGUGCGGUGAAAUUUAAUCAGGGCUGAUAGCUAAGAAGCAAUAGGGACUUGAUGAAAAGUUACAUUUGACACGUAGGCGAGCAGUCGGGUUCUUAAAAUAACCCCACCUUCACAGCUCAACGUAUGGAUGAUGGUCUACCGUAAGGUCUACAUGAAAGGCUUUAAGAGCAUAUUAUUGAUAUCAAAGAGAAAAUAAAAAGUCGUCACUUGGAGAAAAUCUUGGACCACAGUGGGCAUCGCUUUGCCACGAGUUGUUUCAACAAUGGCACUUGUGGGUGCCUUCUGAAAUGUGCGUCUUGAAAAGGGAGGAAAUAUCGGAUGCAUUAUCAUCACUGUGAGAGUUAAUUGCAUUGCAUCCGGACUAAUGUUUGGAUUACAUACAAAGUCGUGUUGAGACGUGGAAGAAAAUGAGUGUGAAAAGGAAAGGUAACAAAGGAUUUUCCAAAACUGCCUGAGUAUUGCGGAUUUUUUUUUUCGAUGCAGUUUUUGCGGAGGCAGCGGAAGAAGAGCUGUUCUUCGCCGGCGGAGAUCUUCCAGACCUUGGCAUUUCUCUGUAAAUAAGUCCAGCAUUUUGGUGGAUUGAAAGCUAAUAUGUGGAUGAUUAAAACCCCUUGGAUCUUGACUGAGCUGGCAGUGGGCCAAAAUCCUCUUUUAAGAGAGUGAAAGACCAGUCAAUGAAUUAUGAAUGUUAAACAAGAUGACCUCCUCUCAGCAGCAGCAGAUGAUGCGAGGUCCUAGGUGGAACCGGGCCUUGUCCGACCCUUUGUUUGUUCUGCUCCUGGCCCUCCAGCUGCUGGUGGUGGCAGGACUGGUUCGCGCUCAGACGUGUCCCUCUGUCUGUUCGUGCAGUAACCAGUUCAGCAAAGUCAUCUGCACCCGCAGAGGCUUGCGGGAUGUUCCUGAUGGCAUCUCUACCAACACACGCUACCUGAAUCUGCAAGAAAAUCUUAUUCAAGUCAUAAAAGUGGACAGCUUCAAACACCUAAGACAUCUAGAGAUUCUACAGCUGAGCAAAAACCACAUACGCAAAAUUGAGCUUGGGGCCUUCAAUGGACUGGCCAGCCUCAAUACCUUGGAGCUAUUUGAUAACCGCCUCACCACCAUCCCAAACGGGGCUUUUGAGUACUUGUCCAAACUAAAAGAGCUUUGGCUAAGGAAUAACCCCAUAGAGAGCAUUACCUCCUAUGCUUUCAACAGAGUUCCCUCAUUACGAAGGCUCGACCUUGGGGAGCUCAAACGGCUCAACUACAUAUCUGAUGGGGCCUUUGAAGGGCUGAGUAAUCUGCGCUACUUAAAUCUGGGAAUGUGCAAUCUGAAGGAAAUUCCCAAUCUUAUUCCCCUAGUGAAGCUGGAUGAACUGGAAAUGUCAGGAAAUCAGCUAUCUGUCAUCCGGCCUGGUUCAUUUAAAGGGCUUAUACACUUACAAAAGCUGUGGAUGAUGCAUGCCCAGAUCCAGGCCAUAGAAAGGAAUGCUUUUGAUGACCUGCAAUCACUUGUGGAACUCAAUCUGGCCCACAAUAACCUUACCCUCUUGCCCCAUGAUCUAUUCACUCCUCUACAUCACCUGGAGAGGGUGCACUUACACCACAACCCUUGGAAUUGUAACUGUGACAUCCUCUGGCUAAGCUGGUGGCUUAAGGAGAUGGUACCUGCAAACACCAGCUGCUGUGCCCGCUGCAGUUCACCUCCUCACCAUAAGGGACGCUACAUUGGUGAGCUGGACCAGAAUUACUUUCACUGUUAUGCUCCUGUUAUUGUGGAGCCUCCCACAGACCUAAAUGUAACAGAGGGAAGUGCUGCAGAGUUGAAAUGCAGAGCCAGCUCUUUAACCUCAGUGAGCUGGAUUACACCCAAUGGUUCCAUCAUGACACACGGUGCAUACAAGGUCAGAAUCUCUGUGCUGAAUGAUGGCACACUGAACUUUACCAAUGUUACCAUGCAGGACACAGGUACAUAUACGUGCAUGGUGAGUAAUUCUGCAGGUAACACAACAGCGUCUGCCACACUCAAUGUUUCCUCUACGGAAAGCAGUUUCAGCUACUUUACUACAGUGACAGUGGAGACAAUAGAAACCCCGCAUAAUGAAGGCUUCACCACUACUGUCCAACAGAAGGUUGGCCCCACACCCUCUGCUGGUACAUGGGAGUCUAUCUCACCAACCUCUACAACAACCACCACCGUCCGAACCGCACUCUCCACACGUGCCACAGAGAAGACUUAUACAAUUCCCGUCACAGAGGUGGGUGGUGAGGGAUUGCAGAAUGGCUUGGAUGAGGUAAUGAAGACAACCAAGAUCAUCAUUGGCUGCUUUGUUGCAAUCACACUCAUGGCAGCUGUCAUGCUUAUUAUCUUCUAUAAGAUGCGCAAACAACACCACCAGCAGAAUCACCAUGCACCCACACGCACUAUUGAGAUCAUCAAUGUGGACGAGGAUUGUGUAACAGGAGGCCCAGGCAUGGAGGGCCACCUUACUCUGCCUCCUCUUGAGCACGAGCACCUCAACCACUAUAACACCUAUAAGACUGCAUACAACCAUGCCUCCACAAUCAAUUCUAUACACAGCUCAGCGCACGAACCUUUGCUAAUCCGGGCCAGCUCAAAAGACAAUGUACAAGAGACCCAAAUCUAAUACUUUUGUGAGACAUUUUAAAACUGAUGAAAUUACUUACAGGCAUUAUUGACAGAACAUUACUGACCUUUGGUUGUGAGGACUGCGGCUGACGCUCGGAAUAACAGACUUGUGUUUGGCAAUUCAGCGACUAGCAAUGUUAAUUCAGUGACUUUGGGAAUUAGAGUAUGUCUACUGUUUCAAAAAGUGUCUUUACAAAGCAGAAGUUAUUUAUUUAAGAAAAAAUGUUGUGGUUAAAUCACGAAAACUGUAUUCUGCAAUUAUUUUUUCAACACUUAAUUCAUGUGGGUUUUUUUCUUCUUUUUUCCUCGCAUAUCACAAAAUUGGUUUACUAAUAUACUUUCAACUUUUUUCAAAGAUGUGUCAAAAAACAUGAAACAAAGUAUUGUUCCUUUAUUGUUCUUUUUUUUGGUAUAGCUGCCGAUUUUCGAUCAGAUGACACGGUAACCUCAUUUUCCCCAUUUAUCAAAGAAUCCUAGAGCACAUUAGUGAUUUUCUCAGCUGUGGAUUAAUUGAUGAAAUCUUUUGUGACCAUCUCUAACUGAGAUGAAUUAAACACUUGUUCAUCAUUUUGGAGUGAGUGACAGAACUGUCAGUGAUGGAAUCUGAUCAUUAUUCACCGUUUAAUUAUCUGUCACAUACAUUAGGCACUCUGCGCUGUCAUCAAUAGGCUGAGGACCUGAAAAGAGGGAAAUGCAUCCAUUUCUGCUACUGUAAAAGUUAAGGCUCACUGCUAGAAGGACAGUUUUGUUAAAUUAAAUACUGUUGAUCUAUAUGUCUUUGUGUUUCUAUUGUAUAUGUAAAAUUUAAAAUGAUCCCUGAUCUCAAAUUUGUCUUGACAAAUCUCAUUAUUAUAGAAAGCAUAUAAUAAAUUGCAUUAAGAACCAUUGAAAUUCUGAAGGUCAUGCUACAGAAGCAGCAUUAACACGUACUUUAGAAAGAAUAUAAUUACGACUGGAGAGGAUGGGAAUAAUGCCUGUACAGAUGUACAUGACCUCAAAUUCUGGCAAACACCCAAUGCCUCAGAAUAUUUCCAGUGUAUCAUGGCUUCACCUUUACCUUGCAGUGCUGUGUAGUGUUGCAUAUGAAGAUGAUUGCUUUGAAGCCCCAUUUUCAUGCUGGGACCCCUUACCUCAUCUGCAGUACUGCAGGAGUGCUGUCAGAAGUAGACUGAAGAGCGGAAGAAAGAGCUUAAACCCUUUAUACAGCUGUCUGAGCACAUUGCCUGUCAUCUUUGUGCCAUAUUUCCACAUGGGCAGUGCCUGGCAGUCCCAGAUUCACACCCUGCUCCCGCCAACCACAGAACUUGUCCCUGAGUGGCAAGGCUUAGCUGCAAGAGGCUUAUGGGGUGAACGUGUGGGAUCGGGCAUCAACCAGAUGUUUGGAUUGCACCUGACUCUCGCCAUCGUUAGUGACAACACAAUUUACAUUUUAAUUGAUGUGCCCGUGGGCUUUGGAUGGGCACAGCUCUGCUGCCAUCCAUACCCUGGAAAGCAUUUCAAAGUCCCAAAUGUAAUGAAUGGUGCCAAGCACCAUAAAUGCAGUGGUUAUGCAGACAUUUGAGAUGGCACAGGUUUAUUUUUAGCAAGUUGACUGUGGUUUUUAUUCAACAGAAAAAUUUGUGGAAAAAAAGUUAGGCCACUCAAAUUCUUAAUUCAGUUUGGGGUUUGGUUUUGUUGUUUUUUACACUUGCAGUAAUGCAAUCCAGAAAGGAAUGCCUCUAUUACAGAUGAUGUCAUGUGCUUUCUGUGGAUUUACCAUGCAUAUCAUUUAAGUAAAAGCUGGUACUCCACUGAGAAUUUGAAACAUUUGUCCUCUAUUAGUUCAAAACAUGUCUGGAAAAAAAAUAUGAAAACAGUCCACUGCUGUGGUCACUUUUAGAUGAAUGGUGGCAAUAGGUGUUUUAAGUUCUGAAAGCUAUUCAGAAUAAUGAUUUAAGAAGUGAAAGAUUUUCUGUGGGCUUUUCUUCAAAAUCAUUUACAUAUUUUACAGAAAAUAUAGCAAAAAACACAGUUUUCCUGUCAAGAUAACAAGCAGCAAUGUCUAUAGGUCCGCACGUUACACCACCUGUUUCACAAACACAUGGGCUACCACAGGUAACAAUCAAACAAAAAAAACCCCACUGUCUACUAUACAAGUUUGUAUACUAUACAAGCCUCAUUCAAAACUUCCACAAAGCCAAGCAAAAUAAACCAGUUUUUACAGAAGUUUUAAAAUAAUUCACUCUAAUUCAAGUGGUUAUGUGUCAAUAUGAAUAAAGGCAAAUUAACAAAACGGCUUUAACCAGACAUAAGUGCAAACCUUUUACAGCCAAUACAGAUUUUAGCUUAAAUUGAAAAAAAGAAUAAAAUGCUGCACCCCUUAGCUUAAUGCAUAGAGUAUGGAGAUUAAAUGAGAUACAGUGUUAGUUUGCCUCAGAACAAUAUGAUCUAUACUUGAUUCACACCGAGUUUUUAUUACCUGGGAUACCUGAUAUAUGUAUUACAGUUGCACAGAUUAUAUAUUUUAAUUAAUUCAUAAUCUGUAGUGUAAAAAAAAAACACACACGCACUCCAGCACUUCACAC